CACGCCCUCAAUAUCUGCACAGUCAAAAGUGGGUCAUGGCUUGGCUCGAUGUUAUUAUCUCACUCGUAGAGCUCACUGUGCCAGUGUACUGGGGUCUGUCUUUCGUGCCUGCGGGCUUCACACUGGAUUCUCUACCAGGACGACUGCCGCCCUUUGCUGUAUUUCGAGGACAAUCUACAGAAGAACGAUGCUUGAAUGUUUAACUCAGUUGUGGCCGCAGUCUGUGGUAAUCCAGGCUCUUGUUGUUGGGAGUGUGGUUGGAGUGAUCGCCUAUAAUCUCUUCAAGAAACGAUACAACCUACCGCCCGGGCCCAAGGGAUGGCCAUUGAUUGGAAACCUUUUGGAGGUGCGAGGGGGUCUCCUGUUCCGAAAACUCAGUGAUUGGAGCAAAACAUACGGUCCAGUUAUGACGAUUCAGUUGGGUACUCUAACUGCAAUUGUUCUGAAGUCGAAUCGAUGUUGUAACGGAAGCCCUCAUUACAAGGCAAGCAGACUUCGCAGGAAGACCCCAAACAUUUUACGUACAAUCACUGAGGGAGGAAAAGACAUAGCCCAGGCAUCGUACGGCCCAAGAUGGAAGUUGCACCGUAAAAUUGCAUCUAAGGCACUCAGGCAGUAUCUCAUGGGAGAUAACCUCAGCUUGAAAGUAUCCCAGUCACUAAACAUCUCAACGAAGUUAAUGAGAAAGGAGCAAGGAGCCUUUGAUCCUUUUCCCUACCUGUCACUGGCGAUCUCCAACAUGAUGACAGGAACGUUGUUCAACAGGAUCAGCUAUGAUUUAGACUCUGAAUACUAUAAAAUGUACGUCGUCUCUCUGGACAAUUUCGCGAAAGACUUUGCAGAAGGUUUUCUGGAAGAUUCUAUUCCCCCUCUUCGUCUGUGCCCAACGCCGAGAUUCAGACGUGUUGUUCGAAUCGCCUCUAAAGUAUCAGAUGCUAUCAGGCAAGAAAUUGCAACCCACAGAAACACGUUCAACAAAGAUGAGAUACGGGACAUCACAGAUGCGUUGAUACAGGCUCAGCAAGAAGCGGAGGAAGGGGACGAUCCUGUCCUCAUGUCACAGAUUACAAACACACAUAUGGCCAUGACAAUCUUUGAUUUAUUUUCUGCUGGUAUAGACACCACUAGGAACACGCUCCACUGGUGUCUCCUGGCGAUGGCUCUACACCCUGACAUUCAGAAGAAGGUUCAGGAAGAGGUGGACUCUGUUAUUGGUCCUGAUCUGAACGUGCACGUUUCGGACAGGGAGAACUUGCCAUACACCGAUGCAGUGAUACAUGAGGUCAUGAGGUUGAGGUCAGUCGUUCCCACUGGCGUUCCUCACUCCACCCUGUGCGAUACCACAGUUGGUGGAUACGAUGUUCCCAAGGGAACAAUGGUGAUCAUCAACCACGACGCUUUGCACUUUGACCCUGACCAGUGGGAAGAUGUCAAUACGUUAAAACCUGAACGAUUCCUUGACUCAGAUGGGAAGAUGGGCCCCAAGCCAGAAAGCUGGCUUCCGUUCUCUGCCGGAAGGAGAGUCUGUCUUGGUGAGACUGUUGCAAAACCCGAGCUUAACCUUUUUCUUGCUGGAAUCCUCAGGGUAUUCUCCAUAUCCCUCGCCCCUGGAACACAGCAUGACUUUGAGCCACAGAGUAAGGGGAUUGUCAAUAGUCCAGGGAGAUACAAGGUUGUUAUGGAAUGGAGAGUUUAAGUUGGUUAUUUGUUUUUAACGUCAUUUUGAACAGAGUAUCAAGGUCUUUUUUAUCUUGUCAAAAUACUGUGGAAUAACACAUCCAGGUGAUUAAUGUCUGAGAUGUUUACAACUUCACUCAGCCAAUGAGGGUGGGGUGGUGACAAACGCCAGAAUUAUUAUGACGGACAACCUGUGAUUCGAUACUGCUCAGUGUGGCGUUAAAAUCAACUAAUUAAGACUGACCAAUCGAUGGAAAGGUUUAAGACAUAUAUACUAUAUAGACAAUCAUAUGAUAGGAUUUACUCUUUAACUACCACACAGAAAACGUCGUUUGUCUUCUUUCCAUUUUUCAGUCUAUAUUUUUUUAUUCAUUUUGAAUGGAAUUGCUACUUAAAUUUCAAGUCUCAUCUUAAAUAAAUACAAUUGUCAAAAUUAACAAAUUGAACACUUUUGGCAUCGACCAUUUGCUAUUUUGUAGGUGUACUUAACACGAUAUAUCACAGUGUCGGUGUAGUUAUCAUUAUAUAUCACAGUGUCGGUGUCGUUAUCAUGAUAUAUCACAGUGUGAAUGUAAUUAUAUUGAUAUAUCACAGUGUUUGUAGUUGUCAUGAUAUAUCACAGUGUUGGUGCAGUUGUCAUGAUAUACCACAUUGUCGGUGUAGUUAUCAUGAUAUAUCACAGUGUCGGUGUUUAUAGUCU